GGUGCGUUUUAUUUGGCGGUCAGCCGGUUCGGGAGGGCGGAGCUCUCUUGGGUCGUCAGCAGGAGGAAAGAAACUACAGAGCGAAGUACAACAAAACUGAUUGGUCCAGACAGGUGAUAAUGUCUUCGGUGAAGGUGGAGUGCGUGGUGGAGGCGGGCGCUCUGAUUGGUGAAGGGCCAGUAUGGGAGGAGUCAACGCAGACGUUGCUGUUUGUCGACAUCGUUGGACAGAAGAUCCACCGCUGGAGUCCAACAACCAAUCAGACCGAGAGUGUGGAGACAGGUGACAUGGUGGGCUUCGCAGUUCCCCGCAAGUCAGGUGGUUAUGUUGCAGGUGUGGGUCGCAGCAUCGUGGCUGUUGAUUGGUCGACUCAGAAGAUGACAACAUUGGCAGAGGUCGACAAGGACAAACCGAACAACCGACUGAACGACGGGAAGGUCGAUCCAAUUGGACGCCUGCUGGCAGGUACUAUGGGGAAGGAGGUGCGACCGGCAGAGGUUGAGAAACAGCAAGGAUCUCUGUUCUCUGUGACCUCUGACCUCACUGUGACCAAACACGUGAGCCAGGUGGACAUAUCUAAUGGGUUGGACUGGUCUUUGGAUCAGAAGACACUAUUCUACAUUGACAGUUUGUCCCUGACUGUCGACGCCUUCGACUACGACAUAAACACAGGACAACUGGGUAACCGUCGUGUGGUGUAUCGUAUGGAGGAGGGGGAGGGGCUUCCAGACGGGAUGACCAUUGAUGCUGAAGGUCGUCUCUGGGUGGCGUGUUACAACGGAGGACGAGUCAUCAACAUCGACCCUGCUACUGGUGUGCGGCUGCAGACGGUCUCUCUGCCGGUGAUGAAGACCACCUCAUGCUGUUUUGGAGGUCCAGACUACUCUGACCUCUACGUGACCUCAGCCAGUGUGGGCCUCGACCAAUCAGAGAGAAGACAGCAACCACAGGCUGGAGGGACCUUCAGGGUGACAGGACUUGGGGUCAAAGGUCGUCCUUCAAACUCAUUCUCUGGAUGAACUUCAGAAGAGUCAAACAGCCAAUCAGAGCACAGAUCGCCUGCAGCAGGACAGAUUUAUCCUCUCUGUUAAUAAAUGAAAAUUAGAGUGUUUUCCUUUAAAUAAUAUAAUAAUACUACGUAUAAAAGCCAAUCUGAAACAAGGAAGCUUGCACAGAUAUUCAACCACCAAUCAGAGUCUGUGAAUUAUUUUACAUUCGUACAUGUAUCUUUGAUAACAAGUAAAAAUAAAACACAAACGAGACUCUUAAAUCAUAAAAUCGUUUGAUUCCUGAAGAAAGACUUUUAAUGUCUGCUGAUGAUUAAAUAAACAAACUUUACUGUUUAAAACUGGAUUUCAUUAAAUCAAAGUUGUUAAACAUGAUGAAUUUAUCAGAAGCACUGAGUGAAUUAUGAAUUCUGUGUGAAACAAAAUCAGAGCGCACCGAGAGAGAAA